AUGUACUCUGAAAAAGCAAAUGAAUUUGGAGCGUUUCUGGAUGAAACCACAGCCAUCGAGCAGAAUAUUGGUCUUAUUCGAAAAAAUAUUGCCACUAUUCAGGACUAUCAAACUCGGAUUUUAGGCA